AUGAAGUUUACUUCGUCCAUUCUCUUCUCGCUUGCGAGCAUCACCCCGCUGGUCUCGGGGCACUACGUUUUUUCCAAGCUCAUCGUCGACGGCAAACCCACCCAGGACUUUGAGUACAUUCGCAAGAACACCAACGGCUACAUGCCUACCCUCGCCUCUGAUAUCCUCAGCAAUGACUUCCGCUGCAACCAGGGCUCGAUGCAGUCCGCCGCCAGUACCAAGGUGUAUACUGUUGCCCCCGGCACGGAGCUCGGCUUCAAGCUAGCCUACGGCGCCCAGAUGAAGCACCCGGGACCUCUGCAAAUCUACAUGUCCAAGGCUCCCGGCGACGUCAAAUCGUACGACGGCUCCGGCGACUGGUUCAAGGUCCAUCAGGAAGGCCUCUGCGCCGACACCUCCAAGGGGAUCGUGGAUGAGGAUUGGUGCACCUGGGGCAAGGAUACGGCGUCCUUCAAGAUCCCUGAGGACCUGCCGGCCGGGCAGUAUCUUGUCCGCGUGGAGCAUAUUGGCCUGCACCGAGGGUUCAGCGGCAAUUCCGAGUUCUACUUCACCUGCGCCCAGAUCGAGGUGACGGGUUCUGGGUCGGGAUCGCCCAGUCCUGUUGUCAAGAUUCCCGGCGUGUACAAGCCUGAUGACACAAACAUUCACUUUAACAUCUACUACCCUACUCCUACGGCUUACAACCUCCCGGGCCCGUCUGUCUGGACUGGUGGCUCGGCGGGAGCCGCCCGUGCUACUGCGCCGGCUGUCAACAACAAUGCUGUUUCGGCCGCUCCCACGACCAUGACGACUGUCUCCAAAUCUUCCGCCAGACCGACUGCAGGAGCUGGUGCAGGAGCUGGUUGCGGUAGCUCAGCUUCCUCGUCCGCUGGAGCCCCUGGUGGCGCCCUCAAGAAAUAUGCUCAGUGCGGUGGUCUGAACUGGACUGGUUCUGGCUCUUGUGAGACGGGCACUACCUGCCACCAGUACAACCCUUACUAUCACCAGUGUGUCUAG